AUGGCGACCCCCGUUCCAGUGCCAUCCAAGGCGGUCAUACAAGCCCUCCGCGGCCUUGUCCUCGGCACCACCUGUACCCUGGCCCUGGUCACCGAAGACCGCCGCCGCCGGAUAAAUACGGCCCGCCGAGUCCUUUCCAACGGCGAGAGGCUCAAGUCGUCUGCUCAGUACCACUCUGGCGCUGCCGCCGACGUGAUCAACUUCAAGGGGGAGGAUGUCUUCCUGCUCGAGUCCCGGUCUUUCUGCCGCCACAACCCUGCCGAACCCGAUAAUAGCGGCUCUCGAGCCAGCGAUGAUCCCGGCUCCGUCCCGCCGGCUGUGUCUGUUCAGGAGAGCGGUCGGGCAACUACUCGAGCACAAAGACCUAAGUGGGGAGGACGCCCAAAGACGGCAAUACCGGAGAAUCAGAAGCACAAGUAUGCACCCGGACAACCGAAGAAACGCAAAACCGACCAAGUCAGGUGUCUCCGCCAGCUUGCUGCCGAUAUAACAGCGCUUAUUGAAACCGGGAAACCACAACGGCUCGGGGAUGCUGCAGCUCUGCUGAAACGGACAGUUGAGCUACCGGCACCCAAGUCCGAGACCGGUCAGAGCGAGCUCUUGGAGGUCACGGCUCGGCUUUCCAAAGCAUGCCAGGCCGCAGAAAGGAUGGAAGACGCCUUGAAAGUGUUGCGGGCAGUUCUCCGCCUCGGGCCGUUGGACGAGGAGGUCUACUUUGCGCAUGAUCCACUCCCCAUAGUGGAAGACACGCUCCUGCGAGACAAAUAUGGCUUGACACCAAGCAGACGCUAUUCGGUUGCCGUGGACCUUUAUGUACCCAAUCUGAAUGGGGACCCAAGUCUGCGGGGGCCUGAGAUGCUCAAAACCGCAAAGAAGCUCAUCGAGGCAGGUGUGGAUGCUGAGCGCUACACACUCGUCACUCGGGUCCUGUUCGAGCGUGUGAACUGGUACCUCGCGGAGCCCGGCGCGUGCGAGUUCCUUCGCCAUGUUUUCCACCGCCUGCACCAGAAGUCCAUGUUUGAUACCGUUGCCCGGUUCUUUGUGAGCUGCAGCCAGUACCACCAACACUUGAUGGUAGACAGGAACGAAUACUACGGUGUUUGUGACCUAGUGGUCAAGUGUGUGUCCGAAGCCAACGGAUAUAGGACGGCCGAGGUAAUCGACUGUCUGCGUACGCACCAGCCCGCCAACGUCUACAUGCGGGUGGCCUGGUUAAGCGAGCUUCUCUAUAUUCACUGGAAGAAGGAGGGCAAGUACAGCGAAACGCUCAAGCUGUUUCUCGCCCUAAGAGAAACGGGCAUCUCCGACCUGGUGGCAUACCCGGACGGCGUGUUCCGAACCAUCAUACAGGUCGCGCUCGAGGCGGGGGAGCCAUCGGCAGCGCAGGACCACUUCGACGACCUCAUAAAACAUCACAACGAAUCCGAAAACAACAUGCGCAUCCUCGGGCUAUUUGCCCUAGCCCGUGCCAAAGAGGGCGACUGGGUUGCUGUGGACUCGUUCAUCCGGAGGAUGUACCCUGCUGGCAGAGCGGUGCCGACACGCGGCACGGACGUGCUCGUCCCAAUCCUGAAAGAAUAUCGAGAAUGCCAUACGAUCGAGGAGACAGAAGCCUUUGUCAAGUUUGCUUUGAACGAUCUCAAAGUCCCGCUGACCAAGUACAUGGUCACCUUGGUCGCAAACGAGUACGGCGCCGCCCGCGACGUCAAUUCGUUUCUCGCGUGGAUCAAGUACUGCAGCGGCGCUAGCUUCGAGAUGGAUGCUGCUUUCAGCAACGCCAUUUUGACGAGCUGUCGGAACCACUGGAAAUUCGACUUUGAGGAUCUGCGGCGUGUCCACCGAGCUCUACGGCGCUUUGGCGCGGCCUUCACGGACGAGGUGACGGAUAACAUAUUGGUUGGAGCCGCACUCCUCACCCGAGCCUCGUUCAGAAAAGUAUCGCUGGCGCUGGCUCUGCGCUCCAGACGGGCGCACCGGAAGGCCCUAGUGAGAGGGGGCCGCUUUGACCCAGCAAAGGUGGCAACCACGAUGGCAACCUGGAUCGGUGUUGGCAGGCCGGACAAGGCAAUCCGAUCAUACAAGUUCAUGACGACGUCGGGAAUGCCGCACUGUCCCGACUGCCUUCGUCUCUACUCGUUGGCCGCGAUGAGGCUGGGCACGGACAACCUGGACGAGAUCCUUCGCACCCUACAGAGUGCGAAGAAGAAAGGCAUCGACACCAAGGAGGCCAUCAUUGCGCUCUUCACCGCGGACCUAGAAUCGGUCGACCGCGACCUAGGAGAUCGGCACGUGCAGAUACACACUUGCAACGUGCUCCAAGGCCUGGAGAAGUACGGACUUGGAACGGCCAGCUCAGUGCUGAAUAAAGCGGCCGCGGAAUUCAUCAAGACGCGGGAUUACGAACGGGCCGCUUACCUCGCUCUGAUGGCGGCAGAGGUAGCAGGGAAAGCUCCGGGCUUCAACGCGACCAACUUCAACCUCCUCUUGGAAAUAUACUCGACCACGCAGCAGUGGGAGCGGCUAUCCAAGCUUGUCGAAACGGCCACGAGCUUUGGCUGGUGGUCACGGAUGGCAGGGAGACAAGCCAACGUCCUCAAGCGCGUCAAGUAUCUCGUGCGAAUCGAGAGGAGGAGACCAGGCGGCCGAGGUCCAGCCCUAGAGUACUUGGAGUUGGCGCUACGCAACAUCAUCUUACAUCGCGAUCAGCUUAGGAAGGAACAGGCUGAGGUGCAGAAGGGUGUGCUCAGCAUCAUCGCGUCCGCGGCGGAGGAUUCUGGGUGUGACGUGCGGGAGCCUGAGACUGAGCAGGCGCCAGUUGACCAACUGACGGCCACGAGGUUCAGCUGA